UAAAUAUAUAGCAUUUAUAUGAAAUUAUAAUCUAAUGAAUACAGACGGUGGACGUUUUGAUUUUAAUGAUGGUGGUACAUAUAUUGGUAAUUGGUAUCAAGGUUCAGCUCAUGGACUUGGUUUAGCUACAGGACCAAAUGGUGUUGGUGAAUAUUCCGGUGAAUGGAAUUUAGGUUUUGAAACAUGUGGUGUAUAUUUAUGGCCAAAUGGAAAUAUGUACGCUGGUACAUGGAUUAAAGGUAAACGUCAUGGUAAUGGUGUUCAAGUGAGAGGAAAAUGGAUUUAUCAAGGUGAAUUUAAUUCAGGUGCUUUUGGUCAAUAUGGAGUUAAAACAUCAACAAAUAGUCAAGCAAAAUAUGAAGGUAGUUGGAAUUUAAAUCGAUUUGAAGGUUUUGGAAUUGAAACAUGCGCUGAUGGAAGCAUAUAUGCUGGUGCUUGGUCAAAAGGAUUUCGUCAUGGUUUAGGUGUUCGUAAAUCAUUUAUUAGUUAUAAGACAAAUACAUUAUCAGAUAAUUUACCAAAUACUACUACAAACACUGAAACAAUAACUACUACUUCUAAUAGUACUCCUAUUACCACCACCACCACCACCACCACGACCACCACAACCACCAUUACCACAAUCACCACCACCACCACCACAACAACAACAACAACAAAGAUACCUAUUACACAAACAGAAUAUAUAAAUGAAUUAGAUCAAAUGAAAAACAUUCAUAUCAUUAAUCAAUCACAUAAAUCCAAUGAUAAACAUCAUAGUUCCAAUAUAAAUUUACCAUUAAAAGAAACUAUAUCAGUAAGUCGUAAAGCUGUAAUUGGUAGAGCAAUUAUGCGUCGAUUAAAAAAACAACAUUCAGCAAUUGAAUUAGGUCGUUCAAUAAAUAGUAAUAAUAAUACUACUAAUAACAAUACUACUACUACUACCACUACUACUACUACUACUACUACUACUACUAAUACUACUAAUAAUAAUCCAUUAAGUAAUGUAAAUGAUAUAAAUAUAAAUAAUAUAACAAAUAAAGAUAAAAUACAACAAAAAGAACAAUUAAAUCAACAAAAUAUUGAUUAUAUUAUUGAUUAUCAAUUCAAUAAUAAUCAUAAUAAUAAUCAUAAUCAAAAUCAAUUUAUUAGUGUAAUAGAAAUAUAUUCUGGUGAAUGGUUUCAAGAUCAACGUUCUGGUUAUGGUAUAGCAGAACGUUCAAAUGGUUUUAUAUAUAUUGGUGAAUGGAUACGUAAUCAAAAACAUGGUUAUGGUAUAAUAAUUAAUCCAAAUGGUACACGUGAUGAAGGACAAUUUCAAGCAAAUAAUUUAAUUAAUAAAAUUAAUCGUAAAAGUAAAUUACAUUUAGUACGUCAAACUAAAUUAAAAGAAUGUGUUGAAGAUGCAUUAAUACGUGCUGAAACUGCAGCAAAACAAGCUAAAUUAAUAGCAUUAGAAGAAGCUAAAGAAAAUGCAUUGAAAGCUCGUAAAGCAGCUGAUUUAGCCAUGUCUAUUAUACAGAAAGCAUUGCAUUUAUCUAAUCAAGCAAGAGAAUUAGCUUUUCAAUUAGAACCACAAUUUCAUCAACCAGGUAUUGAAUGGAGAAAAAAAUGUCAAUAUGAAAUCAAUAUUAAUGAUUCUUUUAAAGAAAUAAAAUCAUCAAAAUUAUAUUUAUCUAAUAGUUCUAUUGAUUAUUUAUCAACUUCUUCAAAUUUCCCAAUUACUCAAUCAUAUUCUUCUUCUCCAACAUUAAAAUUAGAUAUAACAUCUCAUUUAAGUAAUAUUCAAACAAAUCAAUCUUUUAUUCAUGAUCGUUUACAACGACAAUAUCCAAAACAAUUACAAUCGUAUCAUAUAAUCAAACCUUCUACAUAUUCAUUAACUAAUAUACAAGAUUUAAAACAACAACAACAACAACAACAACAGCAACAACGACAACAACAUUGUCAAAAAAGACGAAGAUUCUUUCGGAAAUUCUUAUCACGUGACUCUACACCGAAUUCAAUGGAUCGUGUAAAUGAAACAACGAUGGAUGUAUUUGAAUGUUUUGCAAAUUUAAAUAAUCCACAUUUACAUCGAUUUGUAAAACCGAUAAUAAAUAGUAAUGAAUUAAUACAUGUUACAGUGUCACCACCACCACCACCACCAUCAUCAUCAUCAUCAUCAUCGUUAACAACAACAACAACAACAACAGGGACAGGAACAAUAGCAACAACAACAACAACAACAAUAACAAUAACUAAUGAAUUAAUUCGUCCAUUUUCUGCACCUCAUAAAACAUUAAUGAAUGAAACAUUAUCAAAUGUUGAAAAACUUAUUACAGGUAUAACACGAAGUUAUUCACCUAAUGAUAGAACAAUAUCACCAUUAAAAGAAGUUUCUAAUGAAGAUGUAGAACAAAAAAAUAUACCAAUUGAAAAAAAUAUUGAAAUGUUAACUAAACAAAUGAGUUCAUCAACUGGUGAUAUCAUAGAUAUGUAUAAAACAUCAAUAGAUCCAUAUAUGAAUAGUAUGGUUAAUCUAUCAUCAUAUCGACAACAACAACAACAACAACAACAACAACAACAACGACAAACUUUGAAUCAUUUAACUUCUAAAGGAUCUACUUUAUUUCCUAAUCAAAAUAUUAAGAAAACAUCAUCUCCAAUUAAUUUAUCAACUAUUCUACCUAAUACAUCGAUUUCAUUCACUACUAAUAUACCAAAACCUUCUUUAUUAUCCAAUGAAUUAAUCAAUAAACAAAAUAAUAAUGAAAUUUCAUCAGUUAAUCCAUUACAAAUCGAAGAAGAAGAAGAAGAAGAAGACGAUGACGACGGCGACGGCGACAACGACGAAAAAGUAAAAAAACAACAAUCAAUACAAAAAUGUAAAUUAUCACAAUCAAUUAAUUCAUCAAAUCAAAUCAAUAAUAAUAAUAAUAAUAAUAAUAAAAUCAAUAUUCAAUCAAAUUCACAUCCUCCUAAAUUAGGUAUGAAUUCAACACAAGAUUCUGGUUAUUUAUCGAUUGAUCCAAAUGAUACUUAUUCUUAUUCUAUACAAACAUUAAAUCAUUCUAUAUUAUAUCAUCCAUUCAAAGUUAUGAAACAAGAAACCUAUGUAGAUGAAAAUAUUCUAUCAAAGAAUAUACCAAUUAAUAAUUUAUUAUAUAAACCUACAUUACAAUCAUUUAUGAUAAAAUCAAAUCAAAUUGAUUUAGAUCAUAGAUCACAAUUAUCUAAUUUAUCACCAAAAGCUAAAAAAUUAAAAAUUCAAUUAAAUAAUCAAAAUAAUUUACAAUUGAAUAAAAAACGACAAAUAAUAACAGCUAGACGUAAAUUAUCAACAAGUCCUAAACGAUUCAAUCGAUCAAAUAGUUCUUAUCAUACUGAAGUAUCGAAUAAAUUAAAAUCUUAUUGGAUACCAGAGAAGUAUACAGUUUAUUCAAAGUUGGAUAAUAAACAAAAUGACAAUGAUAAUCUUCAAUUCAAACAAUUAAAAAUACAUUCACAAUUGAUGAAUAUACCACAACAUCAAUUAUCUUCAUUACAAUCAAUAACAAAAUAUAAUCAUCAUCAUCAUCAUCGUCAUUCAUAUCAAUUAGAUACUAUGGAUGAUAUUGUACCAGAUAUUGAUGAAAGUAACAGUGAAAAGUCAGAAUAUAGUUCAGCAACAAUUCAAUCAACACCUUAUUAUUAUUAUCAUCAUCAUCAUAAUCAUCAUUCAAUAAAUCAAUCUGAUCCUAUCGAAAUAAAAGAAUAUCCAAUGGAUAUAAAGAAAUUAUAUUUAUUACGUAAUAUAAAUCAGUUAGAUAAUAAACAAUGGGAUAAUUCAAAUUUAUAUGAUGUUAAUCAAUAUCAGAUACCGACAGUUUACGCUACUAGUGACAGACAUCAUGAUGAUGAUGAUGAUGAUGAUGAUGGUGAUGAUAAUAAUGAUGAUGAUGUUAAUGAAAAUGUAGGUCCGGUUAUUAUUCAUCCUACUGAUGAUAUAGAUGAUGAAGAUAAUGUUUAUGAAAGUAAUGCAACUUUAUAUAAACAAUCUAUAGUUCCAAGAGGUCAUCAUCAUUCCUUGGAACGAUACAAAUCAUCGUUGCCAAAUCAAAAAUUACCUGAAGGUAAACGAAUUAUAAUGAAUGAUCGUUCAACACAAUCUCAAACAAAAUCAUACACAAUACGUAAUUCUAACUGCUAUCAAAAUUUACAUCAAAUACCUACCAGUAAAAUUUCAUCUUCACCUACUUUUAUACAUAAUGAACAUAUUUAUCAAACAGAUGAAGAUAUCAAUUCAAUGAAUGAUGAAAGAUUAACAUCUGUUGAAUAUAUAAAACCAUCACAAAGAAUUUUGUGUGGAAUACAAAAUUCCACGUAUAUAAAUCCCAGUGAAAUUAAUAUAAUAAAACAAACAAAUUUAGAUAAUCAUAAUCGUUAUAUAAUGAAUAGAACAAUUACAGAUAAUAAACAAUUUCGACCAUCAUCUUCACCAUCAACCUCAUCAUUGACAUUAUCAUCAUCAUCAUCGUCAUCAUCCUCCGCCUCCUCCUCUUCCUCCUCCUCAUCAUCAUCAUCAUCGUCAUCAACAACGACAACAACAACAGCAUCAUCAUUAUCCUUAUCUACACCAACAUUAUCUACGGUAUAUACAAAUUCUAUUUGUCCUAGUAAAUAUGUUUCUACUCCAUUAACAAAUGCUAAUAUAUUAUGGAGUCAAGAAAUGAAUCCAUUUUCUUUAAGAACUUCAAUGUAUACAGGAUCAUUAAAACAAUUUCCUAAACAAUUUUUACAAUCAACAUAUCCAAAUUAUAUAUCACGUAGUUUAACUAGUAAACAAUUUCAACAUAUUUAUCAUCAUCAUCAUCAUCACCAUCACCAUCAGCAGCAGCAACAACAACAACAACAACGACACCACUACCACCACCACCAGCAACAACAACAACAGCAGCAGCAACAACAGGAACAACAACAACAACAACAACGUCAAUCACCAUGUCAACAAUUAUUUGUAUCAAAUUGUUCAUUAUCUCCAUUUAAUAUAAAUCAUAAUAUAAUGAAAUAUUCUACUAUUCCAUUAGAUAAAACCAUAUUAAUAAGAAAGAGAUUGACUACUGAUAUGGAUGUUAAAAAUUUCAUUUUUACAAAUAGUAAUAAUACUACUACUAAUGAUAAUAAUAGUAGUAAUACUAUGAAUAUUGAUUAUAGUACUACUAAUAGUACCAAUACUAUUAAUACUAAUACUACUACUACUAAUACUACUACUACUAAUAAUAAUGAGAAAUGGUUAUGUAAUACAAUACAACCAAAUGAAAUCAAUCUAUAUUCAAUGAAAUCCUAUCCAUUAAAUUCUUUUAAUAUAAAAGAAGAUAAAUUAUUGUUGAAUAAACAUCGUCGUUGUAUAAGUUGGCCGAAUACAUUAUAUGAAUAUUUACCAAAGACAUAUUUAAAUGAAUAUACAAAUUCUAUUCUAACUACUAAUAUAAUUAAUAGUAAUAAAUUAAAACAAAGAAAAUUAAAAAGUUCACCUGUUAUAUUGAAAUCAAAUAGAAAUUUAAUUGAUUCAUUCAUUACAACAACAAAUACAUCUAAUAAAAUAAAUGAGAAUUAUUUUUCAUAUAAUAAUCCAUGGUAUUCAUUAACUUUAAUGAAUACAGUCAUAUUAAUAUUAGUACUUAUUAUUUCAUUAAUCAAUUGGUUAUGGUAUGAAGAGAAACGAAGAAAAUCGAAUAUACCUUCUUGAAUUAGUCAAGUUCAUCAUGAUGAUGAUGAUGCUGAUGCUGGUGAUGACAAUGAUAAUGAAGACGGUGACAAUAAUGAUGACCAUUGACAAGAGAUAAUACAAAACAUUUUCUUGCAUUUCGUUUAAUCAUUAUUAUUAUUAUUAUUAUCAUUUUAUUGUCAAGAUUCUUAUUCAUUUUCAUAUUUUCUCGGAAAAAAAAGGGAAAGAUCAUGUUCAUAAAAAGGAACAAGAAUGUUAUCGGUAGACCUAUUUGUAUGGAAGGUAUUCAAUGAAUUCUUGAAGUAGAAUAUAAAGUUCAUUGAAAUGAAAACUAUUUAGUUCCAUAGAUAUUAUACAUUCUUACUUCAUUCAUUUUUCUCUUAUUGUACUUUAAUUUUUCUAAACAAUCUUUUAUUAGAUUUCUGAUAAAGAUCUACUUAUAUAUGUAAAGAAAGAAAACAUUAACUGAAAAGUUUCAUGUAUUAAUUAUGAAUUAUAAAUUAAUUUCAUGUUCUGUUUUCUUGAAAAGUUGACUAACUUUUAAUUAUUUUUUUUCCAUUUAUAAUUUAUCUACUGUAAUUAAAAUAAGUAGUUUGAGUUGAAAAGUAGAAAAUUGAGUUCAGCUAAUGAAUUAUUAUGAUUAAAUAGAACUUGGUGAAUGUAUUUAUUAGUUCAAGUUACCAAAAUAUAUAUGCACAGUAAGAUGAGAUUAUUAUAUCAAGCGUCAGAAUAGUAGAAGUGAUAGAAGAAGUCAAG